AUGUGAGGAGGAGUGUCUAGGCAGAAGGAAGCGUAUUUGCAGAGGCCUUGGGUGAGGAGCUUGCAGCUCUUAAGGAUCUAAAUGAAGCCAAGCAGACAGAGGCUGCUAGAUCAUACAUGGGGCUUCAUGCCCACCUAAAGGACUUUGGGUGUUUAACGGAGUAAUGAGACUCCAAAAAAGAUAUUUUAAGGAGCGAAUGCCAGGUUCAGGUUUCCCUUCCCCAUGGUUCCAGGUACAGGGGCUGUUUUCGCCCACCAGGCUAUCCCCAGCGUCCAGCCGGCACUCGGCUGGCUCUUACCAGCAUUUGCCGGCGGGAUGUUGGGUGCAGUGCGGGACUUGGGGAUGUUCCGGUGGGGGCUGAGGAGGGCCCGUGCGGAGACCGCGAAGCCCUCGGCUGAGGCAGCGGGCGGGGGUUGGGCCUGUGGUGCGGAGAGCGGGUGGCCGCCUGCGCCAGGCGCCCCGGGGGACCCGCAGCGCGAUAAACAGUCGGCGCGUCUGGUACUCGCGCCUGCAGCGCUUUCGGCUUCCGCACCGCUUGCGCCUGUUUCUUGGUGAAGGGAGCAAGGCCACGCGGUCUACGAAGCCGAGUCGGAACCAACCGGUUGCUAGGUGCGGCCGCCCCCAGAGCCUCCCGCGGCACCAGACUCUUUUGCCAACCAUGGCAUCUGGAGAUGACAGUCCUAUCUUUGAAGAUGAUGAAAGCCCUCCUUACAGCCUGGAAAAAAUGACAGAUCUCGUAGCCGUUUGGGAUGUUGCUUUAAGUGACGGUGUCCACAAGAUUGAAUUUGAACAUGGAACCACAUCAGGCAAACGAGUAGUAUAUGUGGAUGGGAAGGAAGAGAUAAGAAAAGAAUGGAUGUUCAAGUUAGUGGGCAAAGAAACCUUCUGCGUUGGAGCUGCAAAGACAAAAGCAACCAUAAAUAUAGAUGCUGUCAGUGGUUUUGCUUAUGAAUAUACUCUGGAAAUUAAUGGGAAAAGUCUCAAGAAGUAUAUGGAGAACAGAUCAAAAACCACCAAUACUUGGGUAUUACACUUGAAUGGUGAGGACUUUAGAGUUGUUUUGGAAAAAGACACUAUGGAUGUAUGGUGCAAUGGUAAAAAAAUGGAGACAGCAGGUGAAUUUGUAGAUGACGGGACUGAAACUCACUUCAGUAUCGGGAGCCAUGAGUGUUAUAUAAAGGCUGUCAGUAGUGGGAAGAGGAAAGAAGGGAUUAUUCAUACUCUCAUUGUGGAUGACAGAGAAAUCCCGGAGAUUCUUCAAUGACUUCAUGUUAAUGAAUUUUAAUCUUGGGAAGUAAAGAUCGUAACUUUUUAAUUACUGUGGUAAUUAAAUGUGUUCGGUAUGUACUUAUCAGUACAUUUAGUCUACAAUGUUUUUGUUUUUUAGUUACUUAAAACUGUAACAUUCCAAGGGUCAGGAAAAAAAACAAAUUAUGUACAACCGUAAAAUUACAGUUUAUUUUGUAAAUAAUGUAAAAUGUUUUAAAACCAAAUGGAAAAUGAGAUAUGGACCAAAAUCACUAACAUUUUCCAACAGUAAAUUUUACUAUAAUAAACACUGUAAAA